AUGCUUCUGGUAUCCACCAUCUUCAUUGUCCCAAUGCAUUCCUCUGCCAUCGUCGCAAUCUUGGCAAACAGUACGGCAUCCAUCGGCGCGACAGUGGUCGAGCAACUCAUCCCAAGAAUGGCCGUCGAACUCGCAUUCAUCGCACUCCCAAUGGCUGGAGGAAUCUUGGAGAUGCUGCUGGAUCGCGUUGAACUUUUCGUAGAAGCGAACGACGGCGUCGUUCUCUUCUAG